AUGGUCAAGCUAGGGUUUUCUUCUCCCCCUCCUCCCCAGCCACCAGCCGCCGGCCGACCCAUCACCGCCGCCGCCGCCAUGGCCGGUGUUCUCACUCCUCCUCCCUGCGCGGCCGCGGGCGUGGCCCCUAGCGCGGUCGCGGGAUCGGCGCGCGCAGGCGCGGCCUCCAGCGCCGCUAGCCCCAGCGCAGAUACGUCCCUGUUUAUCUACCACCAUGGAGCCGAGACUGCGUACCUGCUGCUCUAUGUUGAUGACAUUGUCCUCACAUCUUCCAGUCCUUCACUACUGCGCCGCAUCAUCAACGCUCUUCAGCACGAGUUCCCUCUGAAGGAUCUGGGUGUCCUCCAUCACUUUCUCGGAGUCACUGUUGAGCCUCGCCCCACUGGGCUUCUUCUACACCAGCGGCAGUACACUCUUGAUAUCCUGGAGCGAGCAGGGAUGACUAGCUGCAAGCCCUGCUCCACUCCGGUUGACACUCAAGGCAAGUUGUCAGAGGCCGAGGGCAGUCUAGUGGCAGACCCCACUGCGUACCGGAGUCUUGCUGGUGCACUUCAGUACCUCACUUUCAUCAGGCCGGACAUCACAUAUGCCGUGCAACAGGUCUGUCUCCACAUGCAUGAUCCUCAAGAGCCCCACCUGACUGCUCUCAAGCGCCUCCUCCGCUACCUCCGCGGCACCGUCGACUAUGGGUUGCUUCUUCACCGGUCUCCCUCCACUGAGCUGGUCGUCUACACUGACGCUGACUGGGCUGGGUGCUCGGACACUCGGCGCUCUACCUCCGGCUACGCCGUCUUCUUAGGCGGUAACCUGGUGUCCUGGUCGUCCAAGCGCCAGCCGUUCGUCUCCCGCUCCAGUGCCGAGGCGGAGUACCGCACUGUUGCCAACGGCGUGGCUGAGGCUUCAUGGCUCCGGCAACUCCUUGCCGAGCUCCAUAGCCCUCUCUCCAGGAGCACGCUGGUCUACUGUGACAAUGUCAGUGCAGUGUACCUCUCCACCAACCCUGUGCAGCACCAGCAGACCAAACAUGUGGAGAUUGAUCUCCACUUUGUCCGUGAUCGAGUCGCCAUCGGCGAUGUUCGGGUCCUCCACGUCCCGACCACCUCCCAGUUCGCCGACAUCUUCACCAAGGGUCUCCUGUCCUCUACCUUCACCGAAUUUCACUCCAGCCUCAACAUCACCAGUGGCUAG